CCGCUUUUUUAGCGCGGAGGUAUUCCAUUAUAUCAAAGUUUAUAUCAAAAUUAUUUUUAGGGAAACGUUGCGAGUACUUAACCAGUUUAAGUUUCACCCAUAACACUUCUUACGUCGAACUUGAACCUCUCGUCACCAAACCGGAAGCUAACGUAACCAUAGUAUUUGCAACAACCGAAGAAAACGGUGUUUUAAUGUACGAUGGUCACCAAGAACAUCUUGCUGUAGAAUUAUUUAACGGAAGAAUAAGAAUAAGUUAUGAUGUGGGGAAUCACCCCGUUUCAACGAUGUAUAGUUUUGAAAUGGUAUCUGAUGGUCAAUACCACAUUGCUGAGCUGCUAGCGAUUAAAAAAAACUUCACCCUUCGCGUAGAUCGUGGUUUAGCCCGUUCAAUAGUAAACGAUGGCGCCAAAGAUUAUUUAAGAUUAACCACCCCCAUGUACCUCGGAGGAAUCCCCCCGGAACCGGGACAAACCGCGUUUACAUUAUGGCAUUUAAGAAACUUAACCAGUUUUAAGGGUUGUAUGAAAGAAGUAUGGAUAAACCAUAAACAAGUUGAUUUUGGGAAUGCAGCGACGCAACAAAAAGUUUCGCCAGGGUGUGCGUCUUUAGAACAGGAUAGGGACGAUGAAGAGCAGGAUGAUGAGAUGGAUGGAAUGGUGGAGGAACCUCAAAAGAUCGACCCGUGCGAAGGGAAUCACUGUAAACAUGAGAGUAAGUGUGUAGCUACGUCGAGAGAGGGGGAGUACGCCUGCAAAUGUAAACCAGGGUUUAAGGGGAAGUUCUGCGAGCAAGGUGAGCACGAUGAGACUCCAACUUGUCGCAAAGAACAAGUAAGGGAGUAUUACUCGGAAAAUGGUUGUAGGUCAAGGAAACCUCUUAAAAUGGCCAAAUGCGUCGGUGGAUGCGGGAUCAGUUGUUGUCAUGCCAGAAAAAGCAAAAGACGAAAGGUAAAUACUUGAACUAAAAUUAGUCAU